CGCAACGCAACGCAAGCCCACCCCAACGCAGCUCUGGCACCACGCAACACGAUCCGCACCGAUACAAUGUCGAGCAGCACCGGCAGCAGCAGCGAAAGCGGAAGGGUGGUUUCGAUCGCCGUCCUGGUCGGUUCGUCGCCGCAUUCCGGCGGCGGCCCCGACGCCACGACCGUUCCGCUGGUCGUCUGGACGCUCAUGGAGAAGGCCCGGGCCGCCGCAGGGGAAGCCGGGGCACCGAGCAAGCACACCCACGACCUGGUCUACUACGAGUUCCUGGACGACACCGCCGGCUGGAACCACCUCGACCGGUUGCUCCUGCAGCUCUGCGACACGAACGACGAAGACGGCGACACCGACGGCGGCGAUUCCCCCGGCCCGCCCGACGUCCACCUGGGGUCGACCGAGCGCCUCGAGAAGGACACCCCGGGCAAGCCCGACAAGCCCGGGGCGGCCCGGGCCCGCAAGCUCCUCGGCUCCCUCGAGCGCUUUCUCGGGGGCCGCCUGGGGUACUCGCCGGACGGAAGCACUCCCGGCAAGGUCCACCGGCACCCCUCGGUACCGGUGGACGCCUCGAGGGUCGAGGACUCCCUGUCGGCCCUCCUGAUCGACGACGAGGGCUGCCGGCUGGCCGUCCGGGGCGACGUCAAGCUCUCCAGGCCGGCCGUCCGGCAGGGGCUGGCCCUCUGGCUGCGGUCCCAGGGGCUCUACGGCGAAGCCAACCACCACCGAGAAAGCGCCCGGGACCUGGAGGGAUCCCUGCGGGUCCGGUCCGGGAGCCUCCGCAGCUGCCUGGCGAUGGACGCGACGGCCGCCAGGGCCGUCCACCUGCUGCCCCCGGCCAACGAGGGGGAGGCGGUCGUGGUGGGGGGGACCCCCUCCACCAGCUCGCUCUGGGGACUCCUCUCGGGGCCCUGCCUGACGGCGAUGGGGAGGAAGCGCCUCCGGGUCUGGCUCCGGCAGCCGCUGGUCGACGCGGGGGCCAUCGCGGACCGCCAGGACGCCGUCGGGGCCCUCCUGGCCGGGACGGCCCGGGACUCGCUCCGGGACGGCCUCCGGCCCCUGGGGGGGAACCGGGGAAACGGCCCCGCGAAACUGGGGCCGGCGCUGGCCCGGUACCGGCGGGAGGCCGGCGGCGAUGACGGCGACGAUGCCGAUGCCGAUGAAACCAAUGCGAGCGACGGGACGGCGGCCGUCGGGAGGAUCGUGGACACCAAAAAGCCCCUCGAGGUCCUCUACCAUCUCUACGUCCUGGCCUCGCACCACCUGCCCCACCUGCUGGAAUGCAUGGAGCCCCUCGCGCCAGGGAACGGCGGAGGCGGGCAAGGGUCUUCCCUCCUGGCCGGCCUCUACGAGCAGACCGCGGCGCUGGCGGGGCAGCUGGAGCGGUCGGUCGGCCUGGCCGAGGCCGUCCUGGACCUGGCCAAGGCCCCCGACGACUUUCUGGUCCGGGCCGGUUACGACGAGGAGCUCGGGGAGGUCCACCGGGAGCUGGAGGCCGUCCGGUCCGCCGUCAAGGACGAGCACGAGCGCGUCCAGGACGCCUGGAACGAGGUUUCCCCCGGCAGAGCCUCCCAGGUCCGCCUCGAGCGGGUCGAGGACCAGACGGCCUGGCAGUUCCGCCUGCCCGACGCGAACGACAGCAAGAACGUCCGGGAGGCGGGGCGGAAGAUCCAGGUCCACCGGAUCCUCAAGAACGGCGUCUACUUCUCCAGCCUGGAGCUCCGGGAGCUCUCGGCCCGGUACCGGGACCUCCGGUCCGAGCACGCACGCCUGUCCCGGAGGAUCGUCCGGGACGCCAUGGCCAUCGCGGCGACCUACGCGGGGGUCGUCGAGCGGGUGGCGGACACCAUCGGGACCCUCGACGUCUUUUGCGCACUGGCCCACACGGCUGCCAUGAGCCCCCACGGGUACUGCCGGCCCACCGUCACCGACAGCGAUGAGGACGGCGCCGGGAUCCGGCUGAGAGAGGCCCGGCACCCCUGCGUCGAGCUCCAGGAGAACAUGGAGUACAUCCCCAACGACAUCGACCUGACCUUCCCGGGGGCGCAGCUCCUGGUGAGCGGCCCCAACAUGGGGGGAAAGAGCGUCUACAUCCGGUCGCUGGGGGCCAUCGUCUGCAUGGCACAGAUCGGGAGCUACGUCCCCUGCGAGUCGGCGACGAUCAACGUCUGCCACUCCAUCCUCGCCCGGGUCGGCGCCGGGGACCUCCAGGAGCGGGGGAUCAGCACCUUUAUGGCGGAAAUGCUCGAGUCGUCGUCCAUGCUCCGGGCCGCCACCAAGCGCAGCCUCGUCAUCAUCGACGAGCUGGGCCGCGGGACCUCAACCUUUGACGGGUACGGACUGGCCAGGGCCAUCCUGGAGUACCUGAGGGACCGCGUCGGCUGCAUGGUCGUCUUUGCGACGCACUUCCACGAGCUAACCCACCUCGAGGGGGUCAAGAACUGCCACGUGACGGCCCGCAAGGGGAGCCAGGGACUGACCUUUCUCUACAAGGUCCGUCCCGGCCCGUGCCUCGAGUCCUUCGGGAUCCAGGUGGCCGAGAUGGCCCACGUCCCGAGGGCCGUCAUCGAGGACGCCAGGAAACGGGCCAGGGAGCUCGAGCGCUUUGUCGAUGCCGGGGCCGAGGGGGGAGCGGCCGCCGGUGGCGACGCCAAGGCGGCCCUCCGGCGGUUUGCCGGGCUGGACCUCCCGUCGGUGGUGGAGGAGCUCUCCACCCUCGCCCCGGAAGCGAAACGGGCCAGGCUCCUGUCGCUCGUGUCGCCGUGAGCGAGGAAACGAAGGUGCAGAUGCAGCGCAGCAGCCCCUUUCCGGAACGCGGGGCCCGCUGGAGCAGCGCCUUCCGCCUGUGGCCCGGACCCGGCGGUUGUUUCUGUGCGGGACAGCCGGGGGGAUUUCCCGGCCCACAAACAAAGACGGACUCGGGUUUUGAUGGAACGAAUCAAAAUCAAUCCAUCAAUCAAUCGCCCGAAAGCAAUCAUCGUACGGUACUACCGUCCUCAUACGUGGUAAAGUACAUACUACAGUAAAGUAGAAGAAUAAUUAGUGAUCCUAGUACAAAAACCUACAGUACGAGCUACUCCACUUCGUACGGUAUGAUGAGAGUCAAAUAAAUAUCUUUCGAGAUC